AUGAGCGAGCUCAGGCAGCGGCUGGCCAGGGAGGCGGACGGGCAGCGCGACGCCGAGGGCAAGGAGUCAGAGCUGGAGAACAAGCUGGAUGGAGAAACUACAUCGGAUAGCGAGAACAAGUCGGAGGUCGCCCCGGCCCCUUCGGUCGAUGACACCCCUAAGGUCCUCAACAGAGCACUGUCCCACCUGUCCUCAAGAUGGAAGAACUGGUGGGUGAGAGGCAUCCUGACUCUGGCCAUGAUUGUCUUCUUCUUCAUCAUCAUCUACUUGGGACCCAUGGUGUUGAUGAUGAUUGUGAUGUGUGUCCAAAUCAAAUGCUUCCAUGAGAUCAUCACCAUUGGUUACAACGUGUACCAUUCCUAUGAGCUGCCCUGGUUCAGGACUCUGAGUUGGUACUUCCUGCUCUGUGUGAACUACUUCUUCUACGGCGAGACGGCGACAGAUUAUUUUUUCACUCUGGUCCAGAGGGAGGAGCCCUUACGCAUUCUUAGCAAAUAUCACCGCUUCAUUUCCUUUACCCUCUAUUUGACAGGUUUUUGCAUGUUUGUGUUGAGCCUGGUCAAAAAGCAUUAUCGUCUUCAGUUCUACAUGUUUGGCUGGACCCAUGUGACUUUGCUAAUAAUUGUUACCCAGUCGCACCUCAUCAUUCACAACCUAUUUGAAGGAAUGAUCUGGUUUAUUGUCCCAAUUUCCUGUGUCAUCUGCAAUGACAUCAUGGCGUACAUGUUUGGAUUCUUCUUUGGACGCACCCCGCUGAUUAAGUUGUCCCCAAAGAAAACCUGGGAAGGGUUCAUCGGAGGAUGCUUUGCCACCGUCGUGUUUGGCCUUUUACUAUCAUACUUGAUGUCCGGAUACAGAUGUUUUACCUGUCCAGUUGAAUUCAACAACGACACCAACAGCUUCACUGUGGACUGUCAGCCUUCGGAGCUUUUCCAGCUGCACGAAUAUAACAUCCCACUGGUGCUUCAGUCUGUGAUUGGCUGGAAGACUGUCCGGAUGUAUCCCUUCCAGAUCCACAGCAUUGCCCUCUCCACUUUUGCAUCCCUGAUUGGACCUUUUGGGGGCUUCUUCGCCAGUGGCUUCAAAAGAGCGUUCAAAAUCAAGGACUUUGCCAACACCAUCCCCGGGCACGGGGGCAUCAUGGAUCGAUUUGACUGCCAGUACUUGAUGGCCACCUUUGUCAAUGUGUACAUCGCCAGCUUUAUCAGGGGCCCCAAUCCCAGCAAGCUGAUCCAGCAGCUCUUGACGCUGCGGCCCGAUCAACAGCUGAACAUCUUCAAUACGCUAAAGGCUCACCUGGUCGACAAGGGAGUGAUUCCCAGUUCCGAGGACGCAUAG